AUGGCCACCACGACAAGCCGUCCAAAGCAGGGAGCUGCAGGAGGUAUCAACAAUACCCUAUACGUCAAUAACUUGAAUGAUAAAAUCAAGCUGGAUGAUUUGAAACCCUUGUUGUUCGAGCUGUUUGCUAGUUUUGGGCCCAUCCUGGCCGUAUAUGCGGGCAAGAGUCAAUCUAGACGAGGGCAGGCUUUCAUUGCUUUCCGAGAGGCGUCGAAUGCUGCUCUAGCGAUGAAAACUCUCAACGGUUUUCCCUUCCUUGACAAGCCAUUGAGAGUUGCCUUUGCGCGAGUCAAGUCGGACGUAGUGGCCAGGGCGGACGGGACUUUCAAACCAAGACGAAGGGGAACUAAAACUGCACCGGCGGCGCCUAAGUCUAAGCGGCGAGUAACGGUGAAUGUCCCUAAGGCAGCAGAAGGGGAGGAGAUAGAAGAGGUCGAGAUGUCGGAUGCCGAAGACUGA